AUGGAAUGGCUAACUAGUAGAGUUAUUUGGUCAAACAUAAAAAGAGAUGUGCGAAAAUGGACUCAAUUCUGUAUUAGCUGCCAGAAAUUUGAGAUGACUCACCAUAUAAAAUCACAGUUCGAAAAAUCUGUAGAGCCUGAUGAACAUUUAUUUCACUGUGUGCACAGUGACCUCAUCAGGCCUUUGCAUCCUCCUAAUGGAAGUCAUAUAAUUCAAAGCUAUAACAGCUCAAAAAGUAGCAAAGAUCUUCUACAAGUACUGGAUUUUAAGAUUCAGCAUUCCAUCACAGGAAAUCACCAACUGGGAACACAGUUUAGGUUGCAAUUAUUUUAUAAUUUGGGCAAAUCUGCAAACAUGGCCCAUAAUACUUCUAACUGGGUAGAAACUUUAUGUAUUAUUCUACUGCUGUUGUACACUGCAGUACGAGAGACAUCAAACCACUCCAAUGUGCAGAUGGUCUGUGGAAAGAUUAUAAGACUUACUUGUGAAUUUGUUGAAAAACCACCUAUGAAGAGCGACCCUGUUUCAUUUGCAUCUGAUUUGCAAAAGCAAAUGUUACAUCUGAAACCUAGCUGA